AAACUACAAUCGCAUAUAUUGGAGCAGACUCACAACAUCGCCAUCAAUCUGGCUUCCGGUCCAUCCAAAGGCUGUGCUUCUGAUAGCUAAUAAUUCAGAAUGCUCAUCAUUCUCGCAGCUACGCUAGUCCUACUGUCAUCGUUCACGGAGACAGCUGCUCCAGAAUACAAAAGUGCUUCGGAAAUUUUCAAAGAUUUGGCCGAAUUUAGUGAUGCAGAGUUUGAAAUAUAUAAGAAGGACCUAUAUGUAGACAAAAAAUCAUCCACAAAACCGGAGCACAAAGUUCUUGCAGACAAGAUAAAAAGAAUGGAGAUGAAAGCAACAAAGCUAAUGAAGCCUGCUCGAACGUUUGUUGCUGGAAUUACGUAUCACACACUAGUGGAGCUGGUGACGAAGAAAUCGCAGUUCAAAACUGAUCAAAAGCUUCAGAAAGAUUUUGAAAAACUCCGUAAGGACAAGAAAGCAUGCGAGAACCUUCUCAGCUCGUAUCCCAAAUUGAAAAGAGGAAUAUGCUGAGUAAUCUUCCAAAGGGCACUUCUCAUUAACCACAGUU